AACAGAAGUUUCUCACCUAGGAAUGCGAGGGGCGCUCGCGCAUCUCCUGCACAUCUCCACCUCUGCGCAGGAGGAAAGCCCCAAAAGCAGCUCUCUCUACCUCUCCUACAGCUCCCUGCAAACGAGGACGAAGCUGCUGAGAGCCCCUAUCACUGCUGGCUUUUAAUGUUGUAUGCAAGGAGGAAGAGGGCGAGGUAUAACUUGAUGCUGGACAACUGACCUGCGGCCCGAAGGGCCUCUGGGGAGGGGGUGCAAAAGAGGAGCGGCUGGUCUCGGGGACUCCAUGCGGAGGCCAUGGACAGGGCGGCGCUCCUGGGACUGGCCCGCCUGUGCGCGCUGUGGGCAGCCCUGCUCGUGCUGUUCCCCUACGGAGCCCAAGGAAACUGGAUGUGGUUGGGCAUUGCCUCCUUCGGGGUUCCAGAGAAGCUGGGCUGCGCCAAUUUACCGCUGAACAGCCGCCAGAAGGAGCUGUGCAAGAGGAAGCCGUACCUGCUGCCGAGCAUCCGAGAGGGCGCCCGGCUGGGCAUUCAGGAGUGCAGGAGUCAGUUCAGACACGAGAGAUGGAACUGCAUGAUCACCGCUGCCGCCGCCACCGCCCCGAUGGGCGCCAGCCCCCUCUUUGGCUACGAGCUGAGCAGCGGCACCAAAGAGACAGCAUUUAUUUAUGCUGUGAUGGCUGCAGGCCUGGUGCAUUCUGUGACCAGGUCAUGCAGUGCAGGCAACAUGACAGAGUGUUCCUGUGACACCACCUUGCAGAACGGCGGCUCAGCAAGUGAAGGAUGGCACUGGGGGGGCUGCUCCGAUGAUGUCCAGUAUGGCAUGUGGUUCAGCAGAAAGUUCCUAGAUUUUCCCAUCAGAAACACCACGGGCAAAGAAAACAAAGUACUAUUAGCAAUGAACCUACAUAACAAUGAAGCUGGAAGGCAGGCUGUCGCCAAGUUGAUGUCAGUAGACUGCCGCUGCCACGGAGUUUCCGGCUCCUGUGCUGUGAAAACAUGCUGGAAAACCAUGUCUUCUUUUGAAAAGAUUGGCCAUUUGUUGAAGGAUAAAUAUGAAAACAGUAUCCAAAUAUCAGACAAAAUAAAGAGGAAAAUGCGCAGGAGAGAAAAAGAUCAGAGGAAAAUACCAAUCCACAAGGAUGAUCUGCUGUAUGUUAAUAAGUCUCCCAACUACUGUGUAGAAGAUAAGAAACUGGGAAUCCCAGGGACACAAGGCAGAGAAUGCAACCGUACAUCAGAGGGUGCAGAUGGCUGCAACCUCCUCUGCUGUGGCCGAGGUUACAACACCCACGUGGUCCGGCACGUGGAGCGGUGUGAGUGUAAGUUCAUCUGGUGCUGCUAUGUCCGUUGCAGGAGGUGUGAAAGCAUGACUGAUGUCCACACUUGCAAGUAACCUACUCCAUCCAGCCUUGGACAAGACGCCUCAGCAAUACACAAUGGCAUUGCAACCAGAGGGGUGCCCCUCCCUGUGCAGCUAGUAAAGUUGACUCUUGCAGUGGAAUCCCCAGAACCUUGGACCUCUCUGAGAGUUUCCCUUACCUGAUCGACAUAUUUUCCUUUAACUGAUCAACCCAUUGAUCGUGUGGAUUUCUUCGGAUUCUAAUGUUGAAAAGGUUUAUAUUCACCUUUUGGUGAUUUGGGGAAUAUAUAUUGACAUAUGAGGAAGAUAAUCUGUUUCCUAAGCAAGAAGUAACAGGAAAGAUCCCUCAUGCCAGGAGGCCUGCCACACUCAGGAUAAGAUCCUUGAAUAUGGAACUUAGUUACAGGACUCAAUAAUGGUGGGUGAACAUUAGUCAUUUUUAAAAGACACCUCUUAUAGCAAUAAGGAGACAUUGACAUGAAUCUCAUUUAUUCUCUCAGUAUUUUAAUUGAAGAAAUCAUACUGCUUGUGCGUAGACAGAAGAUGUUGAAAAGUUAACAUAAGCAUUGGGUGCUGACUUACCCUUUCAUGCAUUUCCAAAGGAAGGAUUCCAAAAAAAGAAUCUUCUUAAGUGAUACAAUAUCCCUAAAAAAAUGGUCGUUACAGACGUUUAGUGACAAACAAAGAAACAAUAAGUAAAGAGUAAAAUGAAUGAUUUAGAUUUUAAGUGCCUUUUCACUGGGAGAAUCUGGAAAACCCUCCAUAAGGUAUAUAGCAAUCUUUGAUCUUUAGAUUCAUACUUUUAUCACAGACCAGUUUCAAUGGUUAAAAACCCACCUCUGAGAUACUAGGGGGGAGGAUCCUGAAACGUGGGAAAAGUAGAGGUAAAAAGUGGAGGUAAAAAUACAAUUUCAUACAUUGUAAAGAAAAGCACCCCUUAAAUGUGUAAAGACAGUGUUUUGUAUAGUAUUUUGUUUAAAAGGUUUCGAUUUUGUAAAUACAGUACUUAAGUUAUAUGAUCUAUAUUACAACAUUUAUUGACAAAGCCCAAGAACUAAGGCAGUAAAAUUAUCUCAUAAAUAAGAUUAGCUUCUCUUUUCUUUCAUACUACUAACACUAUUUUUUUGGACAUCGAAGAGAAUUUAACUUAGCAGUUAGUUAUAUGGAUGUGUAUUUCUUGCUAAAAUGACAGUUUUACAUGUUAUAGAUUAAAAUAUGUUGCAAAAUAUCAAAAAUUGUGUUAUUUCAGCAGUAAGGUUAAUUGAAUUCUCUUUUCACAUUAGUUAUGCUUAACUCAUAAGGUUAUUAUAAUAAAUUAUAUUAGUAAAAGUCUUAACUGGAAAAAUCGAAAUCAGAAUAGUGAUCAGUUUGAUUUGAUAUCCUGGAUAUUUAUUAUAUUUUAUGUAAUGCUGCAUUUCUAUUUGAGUGUUGAGUGGUCUUUCUUGUUCUAAUAUUCAUGCGUGUAUAUUCGUCAUAUUUUACAGGGUUCCUGGUAAAAAUUACAGGGCUCUAUUUAAGGUUGUAUUUUAAUGUAAAUGCUUAUGUUUUUAUGAAUUGUUAAAUAUUUCAGUAUUAUAUAGAAAAAAUAGAUUUUCUAAAUUCAGAAUGGACAAAGAGAGAAUAUUCAUUUUCUUAUUAAUAAGAUAAAGAAAUGUUUCCCUGCCCUACCAUCUUCAUUCUAUUUCUCUUUAAUUUUAUUCACUGAGACAGAGAAGCAAUUUUUGAAAAACAGCAAACCCAUGGAAAAUGUCUCAGGUCUAAUAUUAAAAUCAAGACUAAGCAUUUAACUGUGA